AUGGCCGCCGCGGCCACUGAUGGUGCCUCCACCAUCCAAGUCGCCGUCCGAGUGCGACCAUUUACCAUCCAAGAGGCCGCUCAGGUGCAGAGAAACGACGACACCCCGUUGUUCUUAGGCGAUGGCUCUCUCGCUGCCGCACCAAAGGCCCGCUCGGGCAAGGGCAUGCGCAAUGUGAUCAAAGUGCUGGACGACAAGACCUUGAUCUUCGACCCUCCAGAGGACGGCCAGAUUCAGCGUCUCUCGCGCCAUACAUCUAUUACCACAGGCAAGCGAUCCAAGGAUCAGACCUUCGGUUUCGAUCGUGUCCUCGACGAACACACCUCCCAAGCCGAAGUCUACGAUCAGACUACUAGGGGUCUUCUCGAUUCCGUCCUCGAUGGUUUCAACUGCACAGUCUUCGCGUACGGCGCAACAGGCUGUGGAAAGACACACACAAUCACCGGCUCGUCUCAGGAGCCUGGCAUCAUCUUCAUGACGAUGCAAGAGCUGUUUGAGAGAAUCGAGGAUCUGAAAGACAUGAAGACUUGCGAGGUCUCCUUGAGCUACCUCGAGAUCUACAACGAGCGCAUCCGAGACUUGUUGUCUGACGACCCGGAGAAGCAAGACUUGAGCCUACAGGAGAACUCCGAGCAAGAUGUGGUCGUUGAUAAGCUCUCGACACAUAAGCCGGAGAAUGUUAAAGAGGUCAUGGACAUGGUGGUUCAAGGAAACUCGAAGCGCACACAAUCACCCACUGAGGCCAACGCGACCUCGUCACGUUCUCACGCCGUCCUGCAAGUUGCAGUCACACUGAAAGACCGCGAUGCCACCACAGGAGAGACAGUCAGCGAGUCCGUCACAUGCUCCACGCUGCGCAUCAUUGACCUUGCUGGCUCCGAGCGAGCAUCGGCUACGAAGAAUCGUGGCGCUCGGUUGACCGAGGGCGCCAACAUCAACAAAUCUCUUCUGGCACUCGGCUCAUGCAUCAACGCCCUUUGCGACCGGCGCAUCAAGCACAUUCCGUACCGCAACUCCAAACUCACUCGAUUGCUCAAGUUUAGUCUGGGCGGCAACUGUCGCACGGUCAUGAUUGUGUGCAUCUCGCCGUGCAGUGUGCACUUUGACGAAACCCAGAACACCUUGCGCUAUGCGAACCGUGCCAAGAACAUCCAGACGAAGAGCGUGCGCAAUGUUUUCAGUGUGGAUCGCCACGUCAAGGACUACGUCGUCAAGAUCAACGAGCAGGUACAGCGAAUCAACGAGCUCACGGCCCAGCUCAAGGAGCACGAAUCAUCCUCCUACACCAAGUUUAACAAAGCUGCUUCCAAGAAAGUCGAGAUCCUGCGCGAGGGCAUUCGGCGCAUUCGUAAUGCCUACGAUCACUCGUCACCGGAACGUCAGGAUCGGAUCAAGACCAUGCAGCAAUUGAGGCUGGUCGAGCGUCGCAUCAGUGCUAUCAGCGGCUGGGUCGGCGCAUUCGACCAAGUCUGUGAAGCUCGGGGUGAUGAGGAUCCUCCAGCGGCUUUGAUGACAGUGCGCAAGACUGCACAAGGCAUACUGCUCGAGCUUGAGACCAGCAGACAACACUGCCACCAGCGUCUGAUCAAGAACAACUGGACCCGCGCAAUCGAGACCGCACUUCAAGACGUUAUCGGAAAGCUGCACAAUCUCGAUGGAGCCGUCGCAGAGAGUCCCGAGGAGCAAAGCCUGUGCAAAGAGGUCGAGAUGAUGAAGAGUUCUGCCGAGAUCGACUGCCAUCUCGCCGUCAUUGAGCAGGAGAAGGUGGGCGAGGCUGGACUCAUGCGGGUCAUGCUUCUUGCUCAUUUUGAGACGAUCGCUAUCAUCGGUCAGAUCAUGCAAAUGAGUGAGGAUGAGGCCGUACAAGCAGCCAAGGAGGUGCUUGGAAAGGUCCUUAUGUCCUGCACAGAGGCAACUGGUCAAGUCGUCAAGCCAGAUGGCAGUCUUCACAUCACUGAAGCCGUCCCGCCGCGCCGUUCUGGCACUCCGAGAAAGGCGAAGGCCACAGCCUUGAUGGGUCCCAGCCCAACCAAGUUCAAGAUUCGUCAGUCAUUGUCGGCUGCUCCUGCACCAUCUGCCAUCCCAGCACAUACAGCUGCAGAGUUGCAACCUUCACCGGACGUAGGCAUGAGCCCAGUCCGCGGACCAAUGAGCUCGCCUAGAAAGCGAGUCAGAGUCGGCGGAAUGGCGCGCAAGCCGUUCUCUAGCGGCACUCCUAGGAAGAAGUUGUCGCCCACGAAGAAGCGUGUCGUGAAGUGGAAGGAUGAGGGCGAGGAGGGUGCUUCGCUGGUCGAGUAUCAGCCAACACCGAAGCUUGCAAACAGCACCCCGCCAAUGCCGAUGAUGGCAGACAGUGAUCGAGAGGAGCCGCCGGUCCCGAACUUGUCGUAUGAUGCGGACGGCGAGAUCAUGUCGAGCCCGCUGCCGGCACUUCCAAUGAGUCGAAACCCGCCAACUUCGACCAGACGCCCAACACCGAGCAGCAUGGCCCGUAAGUCGGUCUCUAGCCGCUUUGCCAAUGGCUUCUUGUCUAAGAAGGCAGAUGGAUCUCCUAUGAUGCCCCCACCCGGUCUUAAUAAUGCCACCAACCGUCCUACUGCAAUUUCAGGUUCGUAUAGUAGUGACGAGGAGUCGAGCCCACUUCGCGAGAUGAACGGAAACCGAGCGCCGCAUACCCUUCCCUCCCCAGACGAUUCGAGCCCUCCACUGGCGCCACCGACACUAAAUGCAGAACAGGUGCAAGAUACGUCAGAGAUCCAUUCCGAUCUUGAGAACAAUACCUUCUCCGACAAGGAAGCCGCACAGCAGAUACGCUCGGCAAUGCACAAGGGCAAGAGACACUCACGUUCGUCUGUCGGUGGAGGCAUCCCAACACGUCAACGCAGCACUCGGGAGAGCAUCGCUCGCCGCCGUUCACCAACUGCUGCAACUUCGCCAUCAUCGGACUCCAACACUGUCUUUUCGGCCUCGCACGCUCGUCGCUUCGUCACAUCGCACCGCGACGACUCUUCACGCUCCAGCAUUCUGUCACCUCGCGUUCAGCCGAUCACCAAGGGAACUCUGCCGCUUACUGCGCGCCGCAGCAUGUUUGACCUUGGCGGUACGCCACGCGAUACACCACCAGUCAAUCGUCCUACAUCGCGAGUCAGCAGCGUUCUCCCCGGCAGUGCUGUGCGUCCGAACAGUAAGGCUGCUUGGCGUUAG